UAACUCCGGUGAACAGGGAGAAGUUGGUGCAGAAGAUGUGUUGAAGCGGAGCAGCGGUCGAGAACCGGGACUCCUCCUCCUCCUCCUCCUCCUCCGGCGGCUCCGUGGGACCGGACGGGACGGGCCGGGACGGGACGGGCCGGGACGGGACGGGACGACUCCAGAGAUGAUUCAGCUGGAGGAGCAGAAGGAUUCUCCUUAAAGACAUUUAUUAUUAUUAUCAUUAUUAUUAUUAUCAUUCAUCACCGUCGCCCCUCCCUCCAGAGGGACCAUGUCCUUCCUCACCAAGAAGAAGAAGUUCAAGUUCCAGGUGCACUUCACGCUGGAGGAGCUCACCGCCGUGCCGUUCGUCAACGGGGUUCUGUUCUGUAAGAUCCGGCUGGUGGACGGGGGAGACUUUGCCAUCUCGUCCUCCAGGGAGGAGGUGCAGCAGAACUGCGUGCGAUGGAGAAAGAAGUUCUCCUUCGUGUGUAAGAUCAGCGCCAGUCCGGUCACGGGCGUGUUGGACCCCUGCGUCUGCAGAGUCUCCGUACGCAAGGAGCUGAAAGGAGGAAAAACCUUCUCCAAGCUCGGUUUCGCCGAUCUGAACAUCGCAGAGUUCGCUGGAUCGGGCUCCAGAGUUCGCUGCUGCAUCCUGGAGGGUUACGACACCAAGAACACCCGACAGGACAACUCCAUCCUCAAGGUAACCAUUGGGAUGACUCUUCUCUCUGGGGAUCCCUGCUUUAAAACGCCUCCCACCACGGUCAAGUCUGUCUCCUCCGGGGACGAGGACCCCACCCUGCAGCCGGACCGCAAGGGAGAGAGCACCGACGUCGCCGCGGUGCAGCCACUAGGGGGCGUCCUGGAGGCGUCCCGCGCCUUCAAACCCCGACAGUCGUCAGCACGAAGCUCAGGACUGCCGGAGGAGGGAGCGAGUCCAGACGACGUCUUUCACACGGGUCACUUCCGCAGCUCCAGCUACGCCAGUCAACACAGCAAGAUAUCAGGCUACAGCACCGGUCACUCGCGCUGCUCCAGCCUGACGGACCUCAGUCACCAGAGAAACGCCUCCUCCAGCAGCAGCGCCUCCUGCGGGGUCGCCCACCCUCCCUCCACCCCCACGGAGCCCCAGAGGCAAGGGACGCCCACCAGACCGGAGAGGCCUCCUCCGCCCUCGGCGGCAGCCCUCAUGUCCAACAGAUCCUCCAGGAGGAAGAAGGACCCUGUGGAGCGGCAGCACAGCUGCGUGGACGACACUCGCAUCGACGCAGACGACAUCGUGGAGAAGAUCGUCCAGAGCCAGAACUUCUCUGACAGCAGCAACAGCGAAGACAGCAACUUGAGGCUGUUUGUCGGCAAAGACGGGACCACCGCCCUCGGCGGGACACUCGCCAACAGAGGAACACCCGGUACGUUUGAGCCGGUCGUCAUCGAGACUCACUGGGACCAACUGUCCGUGAACGCAUCUCCAGAUCCGACUCCGUGAGACCUGAGAGUCGGUGACUGACCUGAGACUACUGUGAUGAUAGAUGAUGAGGCGGUCUGGUUCAGAUGUGGGUCACUUCAGCCACAGUCCGGACAGGACGGACAGAAGUGAGCCUGAAGUGGCCCACAACCACAAAUGUGCCAAAGAUCACAAAUCCAACGUGGGUCAAGAUGCAUUUGGGCCAGUUCAGGUUGGUGUGGUUGGGUCUUGGCCGACUUGCGGCCUGAUUGUGGCCCAGAUGUGGCACCUGGUGAUUUGACCUUGUUUUACCCUGAAUCCAGAUUAUUCCUCGUUCUACUGGAGUAAACAGUUUCAGUCCCAUGUUGUUUGUGCAGAUUAAACGAUUCCUCCACCGGUUCAAUUUUAAAAUUGCCGUCCAGGGCAGGAAGCUUCCUUACAGCAGCUCAGUUCAUCGACAUCGAUGACUAAAAUGACGAGGACCCACAUGACCCUUCGAUUCAAGAUUGAAUCCUGCUGACGAACAAACAGACAAACAAACAUAAAACAUUCCCACUGAAACUUUGACCUGCGUGAUUACUUGAACAAUAUCCUCAUUGUAAUAACCAGCACACUGUGACAAGUGUAGUGCAACACUGAAAUGAAACGCUGCGUUCAGGGGCUCUUCGUCAACUCCGUCAGUUCACAACCAGGAAGUUUGACCUGACCGCGUUCAGUUCACUGACAGGAACGAUCAGAAGAGUCGUUUCUCUGUCGUCCGUGAUUAAAUCACAUCACCCGGGGAACAGGUGACGAUCAGUUUCUGACCUGUCCGAGUUGACGAGGAUCCACCGGCUGCAGAGCGAGAGUCUGACACGAGGACCGACGUCCUCACCAUCCGCCUGCGACUGGAACAGAAACUUUCAUUACAUAUAUAUAUAUAUGUAUAUAUAUAUUUUAAUGCUCUUUGAUGACUUAUUAUCCAGAUUUGCACAUGUGAACUCUCGGAUGAGGAAUCGUUAGAAAAAACCACUACGAGGAAAUGGAGAUGGUACGAUGGUCUGAAAUGGCACAUUUACUUUUUAUUUCUUUUAUUCGUGUCCACUUUUCAUUUCAAUCCUUUCUUAUAAGAUUGUGCAGCAGCACAAAGCUCCUGUUGUGUCCUGCUCGUCUGUGUGUGUUUGUGCAGAAUGUUGUGGACUUUAUUGUGUUAAUGUCUUUGUUUGUACUGUAUCUCUGAUUAUGUGACUGUAUGUAUGCCGGUCAUACGUGUUAGCAUGUUAGCACUCUGGUCCGUUACGUCCUGUUCACUCUGGUUUCUGGUUGUUUCAAUGUGGCACGUGUGAUUCCAGGCCCCGUCCGUCGCAUACUGUCAUCUCUGUCUCUAAAGUACGAUUCUCUCAAUCUGCAUGAAUCCAUAUUUAUCACUUCAUGUCUCCUACAGUGUCAUGUGGAUUAUAUAUGACGAUGUUCCACAUUAACAGUUAGUUUUAUUCUCAGUCCAGCAGGCUGGGCUGCAGAUUAGCACAGGAUUUUAUGUUUGAGCUAAAAUGCACACGUGUAUUAUUACUUGUUAUGACUCUGAAAUACAGUAAAGGGAAUCAGUCAAUGUGUCUGGGAAUUGUCUGUGAUUCAUCGUAGAAACGAUUAUUCUUCCCUUGGCACUUGAUCAUAUGUUGCCUGUGAUAUUAUACAAACAUGUACUUUGUGGUGGUGAAUGGGAUUUUUCUGUCCUGAUUGUUUUGAAUUUAAACUGAAUCGUUGCAGCAUUACAAUGGGAUUAUGUUUUAUGACAUUGUACUUGUGGUACUUGAUAUGAUUUUACAUAGGGUGGUUACGGUAAAGAAAAUAUAUAAAAAGAAUAUUCUAACUUUUUGUAAUUUAAGGACAUUGGAGUUGUACUUGUCAAGUACAACUCCAAUGAGAAUAAGUUAUGAGAAUAAUAAAUAUAUGCAUACAAACACAACAGCAUGAAUAUGUUGAAUAAACUCUGUGUUGUAACAUUC